CCUUUUGUGCCUGUUUCUGUCGAGAGCUUCCUUGGCGCGCCGCGUGAGCUUCCAUCGCGCUCGCGUUCCGCAGCAUUCUUUUUCCUAACCAAAACUUGAAACUCGAUACAAGAUCUCAAAAGUAUCGUCUCAUUCUGUCCACCGAGACAGAAAGCUUAAUGUCAAUUCUCGUGCGUCGUUUUCGGUAUGGGCUCUCGCGAAUUGCUAAAUGAUCGAGGAGAUACCGGCCGACGAGGAAAGGACAGAUGGGGGGGCAUGUCUACUUCGCUGCUUUCCGCUCGCGCAGCCGUUCUCCUCCGGAGCGCUCUGGCUUGGCGGACGACUGACAGCAGAACAGUUAGCUAGGCGUGCUUCACUACUAUUAGCAGCACUCCGUUUCUAUAGUGCGAUUCUGUGCUGUUUAACCUCGUCCCACGAUUGUGGUGUUAAAUCUGUGAGCGCCCAACCGUUGAACGUCUUGUGGUCCUUGAAAAGGCAAGUACAUGAGGUGCAGAUGAAGACUGCAGCAUAAAUCAACACGCCUAGCAGAAUGGAUGUGGACCCACCACCGCCUCUCGGCACAGGCUCUAACCUAAAGCGUUCGUCGAGUGCGCCCAUGAUCAAUGUUUUGGGAAACACGCCCACAUUCAGGGAGGCUCUCUCUCCGCUGGUGCUAAGCAUCCCACGAACGAGGCGCUUCAGUGCAAGCUUCAGUCCCAACCACUCACCUUCGUCGCCACUAGCUGCAGUACCAUCCCGUGUGAGCCAAAUCAAGCAUGAAGAGGGCAUGGACGUCAUGAUCAGGGAGACUGCCCACGAAAAGGAGGUGCAGUCAAAGCUACAGAUAUCGCAAUCCUGGGAUGACCUGUCUUUGGGUGACAGCUGCCUAGGCGAUGGAGGCAAGCGGCCCCGGUCCCUCACCGACCCCCUUCACAUCUUUACACCGCCCCCGGGCAUCUGCAAUUCCCCCUCGCCAACACGCGCUGGCAAGCAAUGCUUUUCGCCAUCUAUGUGUGCUUCAAGCAAGCAAGCGUUUUCUCCUAGUCCCAGCCCCAGUCCUACAAGGAAGGCAUUUGCAACAAGAAGUCAAAGCCCCAUCACGCUCAGGCCAAGCCAAUUUCCUGUCAAACGAAAAUUUGACAUGGAGAUGGACCAGGGAGACUCAUUGCCUAUGCCAUCAAAGCGACUCAACCUCUCUGUUGGGCCACAAGACAUGUCAGUGUCACACAUGCUGCACCACAGCUUGUCACAGAGCAGCCUAGAGGCGAUGAGCAGCCCUGAGCAAACAGUGCCACAAGACAUGGGUGACUCCCUGUCAAGCAGCAGUGGCUCCCCUGGGUGCCCCUCAGUCUUCCACCAACACCAUCCGUCUUCCUCCUCCAGUGUACGAUCACCCCUAGCGCCCGUUGUCUCCAUUGACAGCACCUGCAACAUGGAAGACUCCUAACUCUGCCUUCCCACCUCUUCUUCUGUUUCACUCACUCCUUAGUUACAUCCUCCACCUCCUUAGUUGUUGCAUUGCUUUUUCCCCUGAUUGUCACCUCCAUUCCUGGUCACCUCCUGCCAACUAGAACCCCUAGAUGUAAGCUUCUUUCCAGACUCUUCUAGACUAUGGCCAAAGUUGCACACUCUAUUUUAAGAGCCAUGUUUCAACUGUCUUGCUAUAUUAGCUGUCUUUUUGAACCAUCUCGUCAGGUCCUUGACAGAAAUUGGUGCUCUGAGGCAUUGGCAGUUCGCUUGCAGACCUGCGUGUCGCUAGAUGCAGAGCUGUAGUGCGUGAGCAUGCAUAUGCAUAAAGAGGUUUGGUCAAAUUGUGCGUGCUGCAAGAAAUAUCUUAGCAUCCAAACAUGCUUGGAGAACGGGAGUGUUUGUGUGGGCGCAUGCUGCAUCUGAGACACACAGCCUCAUUCCAAACACACUUGUAACACACCUUUAGGCUUCUGAAGGCUGCGGCAAAGGCUAGAGACGUAGCACAUGAUACUAGCGCCAUAAUGUCAUGGGCUUCACACCCGUCUCGUAAAAGAUUGAUUGAAGGUUACAGUAUAGAGUAGUGAACACGUCUGUGGAAUCGCCACAUUCGUCUUCCGCAUUUGCUAUCCGCUGCUGUCGGGCUCCAAGUGCUGGUGAUGCCACUGAUGGUGGCUCGGAGCAUGCAUUCUUGUGGCUCUGUCUGCAGUCUUUUGAUGAGUAUGGAAUGAAGUGUACAGGGGCUCCCCCCUACCCACCCUUGGCCCAUUUUGCCCACAUUCUCUCUUUCUGCUGGCACGUUGAUGAUGGUGUUGAGAGCAGGACUUCCUGUGCUUCCAGGCAACCUGCAUAUACAGGGUUGUCAUCUUCAAGAAAGAAGUACCCUUUCAUCACUGGGGCUUCCCCGAUGACUGUCAACUACCUGCAAGCAAACUGCCUCACUCAUCAUGCAGUGCCUCACAGUGUGUACGCAAGAGUUGACAACGAGCACUGCCUCGGGAUAUUCAAGCGGAUAUAUACUCCUGGUUUUUGCUUGUGUCUUAGUUGUUAUAUUUAUUGUUCGAAAGAAUUCCUUUUGUUAGAGCUUGGACUGUGCCCCCUUGACUUUCUUUUUGCAGUCCCGGCAAUGGGAGACUUGUGUUAAGAAAACUUGCAAAACACUACAACGAAUGCUGUUGCUGUAUAUCCUUAUGCAUGUCUGUUCUGAAAUGCCCUGUUUCACCCUUGACUGCUGUGCAAAACACUUGCUUCAACAUCGGUGGAGUUGUACAUGCCGCCACUUGCAAGCCACGCGGCAAUUGCCUCAAUCCUGGUUGGUCUGCAAAGCAAGCAUUAUUGGGCAGCAAAAAAUACAGCCAUAAAAGGUAGAACUUGUAACAUCCCUGGAUCGUGAUUCUCUUUUCUUCUUGGUAUAAAACCGUUCAGGACUGUUAAGAGGAUUUGUGGUCAAAGCGGUUAAAAGGUGCCAUGGCCCGUCGUGCUUGGUCAUAUUUUAACUGCAUUAGCUCUUACAGGAUGCUAUGGCUGCAGCAGCAAGCAAUGCCACAGGCUUCCCACGGUUUGCUUGAGCACCAAAGUUAGAUCAGCUUGUAUACCUGGUGACAACUUUCCAUGUGGCUCUACUGUGUAACCUCAACUUGAUGGUCACGUUUAGCGUGGUAAUUAAAAUAUUUCAUUCUUUAUCUACAAAACAAAAAGUGCGCGAGAAGAAGGAAACUUGAAGGGAUCAACAGCCUACAAACUUUGCAAGUCUCGGCCUGGAGCCAUCAUUUCGAAAUAUUGACUCUACGAGUAGGGCCUAAGCCUUUCACAUUCUCUAAGCUUAGUCAACCGCAACGGUUCAGUGCCAAGACACCUUAGGAUUCUAUCACAGCUUCAACUGGUCAUUGGUUCUUGUGGGGAAGCAUUGCCAUGUAGGCUACAAAUCGUAAAAAGUGGCACAUUCAAGCAAGAGAGUGUUUUUUGGCUCGGUGCAGUCAGAUCAAAAUAAAGUUGCUUAAUUACUUCUUCUACCAUUCAUUGUUUGUUACCGUAGGAAGGCGGCAAAACCGUUGCGAAAUUUCUUGCUAAGGGCCUGCUUUUUCUGCUGUAGUGGUGUUUUAGGCAUCAAAACUGAAAGCAACGGUGGCGCAAAGCUAAUUCCGACCACUUGGCAAUUUAUGCAUGUGCAGAAGUUCCACCCUAGGGGCCUUUUCUUCGCUGCUGCACAAAGUUGUUGCUGGGUGUAGUUCGUUGUGGGGGAUCUGGGUGCAAUGCAACUGCUGCAAUGCCUGGUGUGAUUGUUUGCUGCCCAAUAAUACUCUUUUUCAUUGUUUAAGACAGGCAAUAGGGGAAGGGGAGAAGGGGGAUGCACUAGUCUUGUGGUGCUGAGCGUGACCAGUCGAAAAAAUUAAUGCCUAAAAAGCAGAAUGUCACAUCACCCUGUCUCAUUUCUUAUAGUGUGUACAAACAGUGGUAGUAGCACGUGCAUGUUUUGUGUGUGUACAUAUAUACAUACAUAUAUAUAUGUAUAAAUAUGCAUAACUGGCAGCGGUAUGCCUAUUUCUUUGAAGAACUUGUUUGUGUGUGACGCACCGCAAUGAACGCUUGUAGGUGUCAGGUACUGAAAAUACCUUGGACACUUGUUUUCACAAAACCUUUUGUCUUUGUUGUGCACCUCUGUCAGAUAAGUCGAUUAGUUGUCUGGUACAACUUUUCGACUGACUAACAUUUGACAAACAAGAGGGCAGUUAUGUUGGUAUUUUUGUUUUUGUAUAGCUACUUGUACAUAAAAAACAGCAGACCUUUGGUCAAUAUUUUUUGUUUUGGUCACGGCUGUAAGAGCCUGGUUUACAGUACGCUAUGCUCCGUUUAGUAGUGUGCUCCUCGAAAAUGACAAGUUUCUUGCCAUUAUGCAACUUUCUUCCCUUUCCAUAUAUGGAUUUUCAAGAGUUUGAUGACCUGCAAGAAUUGGAACAGUCUGAAGGCAUAUAUGGUGCUUAGUCUAUGUGACCCUACUAGCAGCCUUCUUCACAACCAACUGCUUAAUUUUUUUUGAACGCUGGAGCUGGGUGGAAAAAAAAAAACAUAUUUCCUGCAACUCAUCUGUGCAGCCAAGCAUUGUAUUGAGUGCUGCUUUGCAGCAGUCACGAACAAAACUGUGGAUUGCAGCUUUGGGUUCAUGUGCCAUCUGUGAAAAUUCUUUGCUCUCUACUGGCUCCAGUGUUUUGCCAACUUUUGCAUUUGGGGGAUGCCUUUAUGACGUGGUCAGCAUAGCUAGACAAUCUAAACUAGCGAGUGCUAAGCAGCUGACAGGCGUAAAAUGUAACUUGGCGUCUUCUAUUGUGCCACUGCAGUGGCCAAGGCACGCAGGUGCUUGCGCUACCUUGGCACCCAUACAGCUUGUGCCAAAAACUUUUGAGGCCAUAAGAUGCAGAACUUCCACAAUUGCCACGCUUGUGUAGAGCAGGUUCUCUUAAUGUUUGGCAGUGUGGUUGGUGUUAUGAUAGCAUUGGACCUUCAGUUUCACCAUGACAUAUUAGGGCAUUUCUUGAGUCAUAGUACACAGCUGGACUGCUUGGUUUGUUCCUAGGUUUGUCCAAGACAUCAAGACAAGCUUGCUGGCAAUCCACGCAACUUUUUCUACAUUACAGCCAACACACGUGAGGAAAAGAAGACAUUAAAAGUGCCUACUUUGUUUUUUGUGCAUUGUCACUGCUGUAGAAAAGAAGUUGGGGUUGAUAGUACAUCAGGCCAUUUCUUGCAACCAGUGUUUUUAUUAAUGCAGGUGCAUGCCAAAAUUUGUACUAUGAUAUGAUCCUGCUAUCAUUAGGUGGGGCACUGAAUGUGCUUAGCUAGCUAUUUCACCAUGCAGGCUUCAUGUUAUAUGGACAAUGUUUAUUUCUCACGAAUCAUCCACAUUCCAUAAUUCCUCUUAUGCAGGUAGCAUGUUAUCUGGAGUCUCCCACUAUGGAGUGCCUCGUAAUCAAAUCGUGGUUUUGGCACGUAAAACCCCAGAAUUUAAUUCAAUUCAGGUAACAAUGUCGACAGCAUUCAGGAAAGCAUAGCGUGAUGUGCACUAGAGUCACUAGGAAAUGCAGAACAAGAAAAGGCAAGUGCCAUUGGGAGUGGCAUUCACAAAGUUUAUGAUUAGAGGGUAAGUGAAGGGGAUUCAGGUUCGUGCUGAUUUAGAAAACUGUUUAGUUAGGCAAAAAUGCAGCAGAACAAAAACUUCCAAAGUGAAUUCGUCUGUUCGAUCUCAAGUUGACAACUGUUUUGUGGUUGCUGUCAUGUUUAAAAACUGAAGGUUCAGUGCUACCACGGUACAGCUCUGCACAACUGCAACUUUUGGAACUGGCUUGCCUUUACUGAAGACAUCUAAAGACUUGAAUCCACUCUUACCUUUGCGAGCAUUGUAUUUGGUUAAAUUGACCACUUUGGGUUUUUCUUUUGAUGUGUAGUCAAUUCUGGUAAUGUCAAGGUUUCUGGGGCAUUGUUAUUUAUUGACGCAAUGGGUAGCCGAUCCGAUGUGUUUACACGUUUAUCUAUGUAAGCUUACUUCACUAGCUAGUUCCCUUCUUUGAGUUUGAGAGGCAGACCUGCGAAGCUGUUGCUGCAUAAAUUUGUGCCCUUCCUUUUCUUUGAUUGUUAUGAGUGUUAUUGUUAUGUUGUUUGGUAGACGUGAUUUACAAGCCAGCCCUAUAAAUUGGUAUCUUGCGAAAGCCACACCUCAGGGGUGAUGGAAGAGCACAGUCAUUGAGUGUAGGGUUAGUCUUGGAAGUUGCACCGAAAACCCAAAGCUUUGUAUCUACCAUGACGUUUUUUUUUUUUUUUUUUUUUUAACUGUCAAGUUAUUUCUGCUUGAGCCACCAACCUCUCCGUGUUUCUUUCACUUUUGCUGUUUUGCCUGACGAAGAGAGGGUGGAUAACUUGUAUAUUACCUUCUGUAGCCUUUGUGAUGAGAAUGAAAAGAUGUGCUGUGUCUGUUCAAAAAGUUUCAAGGCUUUUUGUCAGUUUUAAGAUGCACAUACAGGCACAGCAAUAUUGGCUGUACGAACAGCAGAGCUUUGUGGCAGGUGUUAUGAGGAUGCACACAGAUUUGAAGUGUAAUCAUCAUCUUGUUUGGCAGUGGCUAAUGGUGCAUAAGGAAACGACACCUACUUCUCUGUUUUAUUUGUACAGACUGUUGUUUGGUUCGGUAUUGCAUUACUCGCAUCUGAUAGUUACAUCUCUGCACCUUUCCAAGGAAGCUGUGAAUGUUGCGAUUACCAUGAAAUGGUAACUUGCGUUGAUAGAACAAAGUAUGUUGAAUUGCAAGGCUGAUGAAAUGGCAACUAUACGCACACUUCUUGCACUCAUGUGACUUUCUGGUCAUAAGGGAGUAUCAGAAUGUUGUUAUAAGCAAAUAAAUUAGCUGAACUGCUGCUACAGGGUUGAAGGAUGCUGUACUCCACUGCUUUUACUCUUUCAUUUUGACUGAGCUGUUUGUGGAGGCUUGUUAACUGAGGAAGUGCGAAAAAUUAAACAAAUGAAAGGCAGGCUGGGACAACAAGCAUUGUUUACUAUAUGAACACAAGUGAAAACAAGCACAUGUCUGGUCCGUGACAUGUUCUUGUCUCAAGAGACGUGCUCUUUACUUAUGUUUACUUUUUUCAUUUGAUGCAGCAGGAUUUGCAAAGUGUUAAAAGCCAAAAGUACGCAUCUAACCAGUCUGCCGAGUAGUAGUGUUUAAUGUGUUAGUAUUCUUAUCCUGGGCCAAAAUGGUGCAACAAUUGUACCACACUUUCAUUAUAUUUCAUGCUUAGUCUCUGUCUUGAGCUGCAUUCUGCCUUUGUUUUCACCAGAAUGGGCUGUUGCAGACAAUGUGUGGCUAGAAUAGAAUAGGAUAAAUAAAGGGCAUAAAGGUCCAUAUUUAAAGGUAUGGAGGGCAAACUAAAUGGUACAUAUAAAAAAAAAUUCCUGACAUUUGAUUUUUGUCAACAUGAAAUGCACAGUCUGCACAUGAAGUGCACCAACACUGGUGCAGUCUUAAUAAUCUUGGGCUAGGUGCCUGGUUUCAAUGGAAUUUUUCUUUCCCCAUCAGCAUUGAAGUCUACAAGCUCUUGACCAUGGAUGCAUGUUCACUAUUUUAGAUAAAGCUAAUGUUGGAAGCAUGACCUUUACUGUCACAACUUCAAAUGUACAUCUGUGAGCGGUGCCUCUUGUAAUGUGCAUGCCUAACUGUCCCUCGGAGAGAUGGUGAUUUGGUAGACCUGAAAAUGUGGAAUGUUUUCUGUGUUAGCGAUAGGCAUUUCCUGGCAGACAUAUUUAUAAGCAUGUAGUCUUGUUAAGAAUUGUAACCAUGUAGAUUUUAAAAUGUAGGCUGGAAGUGUGUACCGGAAAUUUGUGCAGAAAACAGCCGUUUAUUGUAAACUCCACUUACGAGUUAAAAAUUUGUGCCCUCCAUCACUUUGCCAAUAAGAAGAAAAAGAGGUUUUUGUGCUUUCAUGCUUUAUCACAUUUAAGAGCGCUAUUAAAAUGUCACUUUUUUUUUAGCCUAUGCUUGCUUCUUUUGCGUUUUAUUUCUUUAGGAUUCAUUUACUAGCAGGUCUCUUGCUAACGAACACUUCCACUCGCUUACUGUACUUUAAGCUUGCGAAGGCACUUUGCAGCCACUUGAAUAGAAAUGAUUUGUGGACAAUGCAAUCUUGUUGCUUUUUUGUCAUAGUUAAUGUUUCUUUGUCACCCAAGAACAAAAUAUUUAUACAGUAUUUACCUGCAGUGGUCUCCUUACUUGAUGCUUCCCCCCCCCCCCCCCCCCCCAUUUCCUUUAGCUCUCUCCUCUUUGUCCUUGCCACAAUACUUCGAAAAUACACGCCAAAUAUAAUAGAAGUCAAAUGCAGUUGUACAAUGCUGUACAACUGAACUUCGCCUCAACAUGAUAUGCACAGGCUGCACUUUAGUGCACAGACACACACCAUGGUGCAUCUUAAAACAUUGGUCUGUUUGCCUAGGUUUCAUUUGUUUCAUGCAUUCAAAGAUAACACUUAAUUCCUGGGGCUAGAUUUGUAACAAUUCCUUUUAUUCAUAAACUUUUCUUGUUAUACACUGCCGGAAGGCCGAUGCUGGGAAUGGCGGCAGCAUGGAAACGUGCGAGCCAGUGAAGAUGUGUGGAAAAAAAAAUUGUUAAGAAAAUCUGGACCGUGGUGUGCAUUUCAAAUGUGUCUAAAUAAUAUUCCUAACGUCAAGCAGAGUGAACUUGUCAUGGCUGUUUGUUAAGCUUUGCUGGUUUUUCUGAAGUCAUGCCAGCAUCUGAAGUUGAGCAUUCAUGUGUUCAAUUCCGUAAAUUGCUGGAGUACUGCGACAUCUUCACAUAAAUAGUACGUCUGCACACAUGAAAGAGCUUUGUUGAAUAUAUGAAGUUUAUCGCAUGUGUUUGGUAACCUCGUACUGUUGACGAGACUUACUGAGAUGUCCUUGUUUAUUUGUACGGAUGCUAUGCGAGAAAUAUUGUUUUUUGAUGAAAGCUUCUCUGAUACUUGGAGUCUGCUUGUCAAAGCAGCCACAAUUCAUAUAUAAACAUUAUAUAUACUGUACACACAGAAUGAAUGCUCUUUAUUUGUAUAUUAUGUAAACAUAUCAGGUGGAUUGCUCGUUAUUAGGCAUGCAGCCAGUGUUGAUGCACAUUGAUGCGCAAUUGUUUUUGCUGUGGUCUCAAACUGUAGUGUUUAUGCAGUUGUAAGUGCAUAAAGAUGAGAUGGCACCUAUUAAAAUUUUAUCCAUUGA